AUGUCUUCGCAAUUAACCGGAGCAUCUACUCCGGCGGACAGGUCGAUAGCCACCACAGGAACACCCGGAGAAUAUACCCAGGCUACGACACCUGCUCCGAUCGACAGCCAACCUGUGAAUGUGGAGUUUUUGGAGCAGGAUGGUUUUGAUGAUAAUGAUCGUGACUCUGCUGUUAGCGUAAAAAGCGGCUGGAGUGACACCACAUCGCUCGAUUCUAGUGUUUACAAGUAUCGCGAACAAAAUGGCCGCACAUAUCAUUCUUUUAAGGCAGAUGAGGUGGAUUACUUCAUGCCAAAUGACGAACGUGAGCUUGACCGCUUGAACCUUCAGCACUACCUCUUCCUGCAAUGUCAGGACAAUAAGCUCUACCUGUCUCCUGCUGGCAAAACCAACAAGCUCAGGCGGGUUCUUGAUGCUGGCACAGGCACAGGUAUCUGGGCUGUUGAGUUCGGCGAUCAGCAUCCUGAGGCCUCGGUUGUGGGCGUGGACCUAAGUCCUUCGCAGCCCAGCUACGUCCCUCCGAACGUCCAGUUCUACAUCGACAAUCUCGAAGACGAAUGGACCUAUUCCCAACCAUUCGACUUCGUCUACCUUCGCGCAAUGGUUGGCUCGAUCCGUAACUGGCCGCGUCUCUUCAAGCAAGCCUACGACAGCCUGGCACCGGGCGGCUGGAUUGAGAUAGCUGAUCCCUACCUCAUCACUUCCGACGACAACACGCUCCCCGAGGAUAGCCCGUUUGGGAAGUGGAAUAGGAUUUUGAUCGAAGCCAGCGAGCGCAACGGGACGUCGAUGAUGGCGGCCGCGAAUUACAAGAACUGGUUGAUUGAGCAAGGGUUUGUGGAUGUUGUGCAGGUUGAGUACAAGUGGCCGAUUAAUCACUGGCCGAAGGACCCAAAAUAUAAGAGCAUUGGUGCCCUGGUCCUGCAAAAUAUGCUCGAUGGUCUGGAGGCACUCAGCCUCAUGCUUUUGACUAAGCAGUUCAACUGGACUGUCGCAGAAGUGGAUGCCUUCUUGACCGACGUUAAGAAGGACCUGAGAGAUACGAGGAUACAUGCCUAUUGGCCUGUCUAUGUUGUGUAUGGGCGGAAGCCAGAGAGGUCUUGA